UCAUGUUGUAAUAUUUGGUCACGGUAUCUUCCCUAAACUCCUCCCAUCCAAAUAAUGGCUUGUGCAAUUCUCACAUGCUUUCUUAUUUCACCUCUCUUAGCCUCAAUUUUGACCUUAGCUUCGCACAUAAUCAGUGCUAGGAAAAACAGGAAUCAAAAUGCCGUUGGCUUCUUUCAUCCGUACACCAACGACGGCGGAGGCGGAGAAAAAGUUCUAUGGUUUUCAGUCAAAGCUAUUCAAGAAGAAUAUCCCGAUCUUCACUGUGUCAUCUACACUGGCGACCACGAUGCCACGCCCCAAUCCUUGAUGGCACGUGCCAUCGAUCUCUUCGGCGUCAAGCUCCUGCAACCUCCCAAGGUGGUGCAUCUUUAUAGAAGGAAAUGGAUUGAAGAGAGUUCUUACCCUCGGUUCACCAUGGUUGGUCAAAGUUUUGGUUCAGUUUAUCUUUCAUGGGAAGCUUUGUGCAAGUUUACACCAUUGUAUUAUUUUGAUACUAGUGGAUAUGCGUUUACAUAUCCAGUUGCUCGGAUAUUUGGCUGCAAAGUCAUUUGCUAUACACAUUAUCCUACUAUAAGUUUGGACAUGAUAUCUCAUGUUCGUGAACGGAACUCAAUGUACAACAAUAAUGCCUUAAUUGCUCAAAGCUGUUGGCUAUCACACUGCAAAAUCUUCUAUUAUACGCUCUUUUCUUGUAUGUAUGGAUAUGUGGGCUCUUGUGCACAUUUGGCAAUGGUCAACUCUUCAUGGACUCAGUCUCAUAUUGAAAAGCUAUGGAGAAUACCAGACCGUAUAAAGCGAGUCUAUCCUCCUUGUGAUACUUCUGAACUCCAGGUACUUCCCUUGGAGAGACCAACAGAAUGUCCAAAAAUAAUUUCUGUUGCUCAAUUUCGUCCAGAGAAGGCACAUCCUCUUCAACUUGAGGCCUUUUCACUUGCCAUGAGGAAAUUAGAUGCAGACUUGCCACAGCCUAAGCUCCAAUUUGUGGGUAGUUGUCGAAACAAAUCUGAUGAAGAAAGACUGCAGAAUUUAAAAGACAAAGCAAUUGAACUGAAGGUGGAUGGCGACGUGGAAUUUCAUAAGAAUGUGAAGUACAGGGACCUGCUGACGCUUCUUGGAGGAGCUGUUGCUGGUAUCCAUUCCAUGAUUGAUGAGCAUUUUGGCAUAAGUGUUGUAGAAUACAUGGCUGCCGGUGCCAUCCCCAUUGCUCAUAACUCUGCUGGUCCCAGAAUGGACAUUGUUUUAGAAGAAGAUGGGCAGCCAACAGGAUUUCUUGUCCAAAAUGCAGAAGAAUACGCAGAUGCAAUCCUGCAAGUUGUAAGGAUGCCUGAAACUGAGAGACUAGCGAUGGCGGCAGCUGCAAGACGACGAGCUGGGAGAUUUUCUGCACAAAGAUUUUGUGAAGAUUUCAAGACCGCAAUACGACCAGUUUUAUUUCAUACUAAGAAAUGAAGGACAAAUACAAAUUUAACUAACUUGUAACUUGAUAGAACUGUAUGAAGCCUUACAAUUGAAAUUGUUUUAAUUUGAUAUAGAUUUUUGCAAUA